GCCAAUCUCCUGGGAGUCCAGGCCAGACGCCGCGCCUCGAGCCGGCAUACCGUCACAUCCCCUCGUCAUCAGGGUCGAGUCCCCCGAGAGCGAGGGCCCCCCCCUCUCCCUAGGGCGGGUUCGCUGCCCGCGUCUUAGAUGGACGACACGAGUAUAAAUAGCAGGCACUAUCAUGGCCCUGAAACGUGGUGCGAGGGGAUAUAUCACGACUCUCGAGGGCCGUGGGCAAGCGAGACCUGAGCGACAAAACCACACACGCACCGCAGUCGUAUAAUACUAAGAAAUGGGUCAGCGAAGAGAACACCAGGGCGAACGACGCGCCGGCAGCGGCACAGAGCGGCGUAGCCACCAGUCUCCCGCCCGCGCCCCCGGGCCCGACAACACACCGCCGGGGCCUGGCAACCAGCAGGCCUACCCAAGCACGACCCCUAUGCGUCCUCCCGCGGACGCCUCGUCCAGGGGCGGGAGCGCCAGCGCCAGCCCCUGGCCUCUCGGCCCGCUCGAGACCUACUACGCCCCGCCGGCCCGAGGCGGGGGCAUCCCCAGCGCAGCGACGACGGACGACGCCGGCGCCUUCUCCUACCCCCCGACGCCCCUCGCGACCGCCACGACAGCCUACGAGCCCCUGGCGGCAGCAUCCCCGCGCGGCGACCCGUACUCGCUCGGGCGCUGGCGGGCCGAGUCCCUGCGCGACGGGCCGCUGCGCGUGGUGCCCGAGUUUUGCGGCGGCGACGGCGGGGGCGGGGCCGGGGCCACCGACAACGAGCGCGAGCAGCUUAGCGACACCGGGGCGACGGGAUCGAGGACGCCAGAGGGGUGGCGGUAAGGUUGGUUAGCUGUGGCGUUUUGUGCCGGGGGGAUGUUGUGUUGCGCACGGGUCUGAGGGGUACAAAAAGGGGGAGGCGUGUGUCAUUGUGGUGAGGGUAUGCGACAUCCAAGUAGAGAUAGCUACAGAAGAC